GAAGGGGAGGAAAGGCCACGGACACGUAUCUCUCUGGGGCCCAGUGUGUUGCGCGAUUUCGCGGCGAGAGGAUCGGCAGAAUCGAUCAGAAGAAGCACAUACGUUCCGCGGCGUCUUUCGUCACGUCGAUCGAGUCGUGUCAACCGUUGAUCGAUCUCUAUCUCUUCCAUCACAUCCGCCAGAAAUCAAACGGCGCGAUCUUGAACAUCGAUCGAUUCCGCGUUUCGGCAUGGCUUUGGCAAUCAAGAUCCUCGUCCUCGUCUGCGCCCUGCUCGCCACAACGAUGGCGGCCGAAUCGGGCAGCGACGGGCAGCAAUCCGGCAGAUCGCGGGUAUCCGACGAACAGCUGAAUCUAGCCCUGAGCGACAAGCGUUACCUGACCAGACAGCUUAAGUGCGCUUUGGGAGAGGCGCCGUGCGACCCCGUUGGACGACGUUUGAAAAGCUUAGUGCCGCUGGUCUUGAGAGGCUCCUGCCCGCAAUGCAGCUCCGAGGAGACACGUCAGAUCAAGAAGGUCCUUUCUCACAUUCAGCGAUCCUUCCCGAAGGAGUGGAACAGGAUAGUGCAACAAUACGUCGGAGUUUCAUAAACGAGAUAUGAUAUGAGUGAGCCGACCACGACGAAUGUACAGAGUAUAAUAACGGAAGACGGAAGGAUAUAAUGGAUGUCGUCUACAUAUUAUGAUAACGUCAAUCACAUUAGUUCAUUCGAUAUUAUCAUAUUAACGAUGGCCGAGAAAGAUAUUUAAAUUAUCAUAAGGCAUAUAUAUAUAUCACUUCCCGUAGAUUUCAAUUUGUUGACGUAAUGUGAGUUACUAGUACUAUCUUUAUUCAAAGUGUUAAACUAUUUGUAUGUUUGAUAUAUAUUCUAUUAAUAAAGGUUAUAUAUAUAUA